GUGAGUACGUUAAAUACUUCAAUGGACCGAUACUCAAAUUACAUAGCAGUCAGACGCGGAUAUUUCAUCACAGAAGCCGGAUCAGGAGACAUUAAUUUCCUCAAGUUUGAAUUUGGUUGAUGCGAUAUUCUCAAUGAACUAGUUUUUUUGGAGGAUACAGAUACGAAACUAUUUAUUACCAGUCAGGAUCCGGUGUCGACAUCGGGCACAGGAGAGGCAACCAGCAGCAUGGCCGGCGGAAGUCCACCGACAGAGAAAGAGUGGGAACUCAUCCAUAAGUUUAGAUCAAGAGUUGAAGAUGUGCUUGACACUGAUGACAAGCGGUCCGCACACUUUCUCCUCCGAUGGAUCCGAGCAAGAGAUGAAAAUCUGGACAAGGCGGAAGCUAUGUUGCGAAAUUCCAUGAAGUGGCGGAAGGAGAACGACAUGGACAGCGUGUUAAACAAGCCCUUGGACCCCUUCAUCAAGGAUACGUACCCCUAUUACACCGAAGGCCACGACUAUGAAGGACAUCCAGUACGCGAGGUGCAUUCUGGGGCUUGGGAUAUGCGCAAAGCGAUUGACGCAGGAAAGGAAACAGAAUUUCAGGACUUUGUUAACCACUUUUUCGAAAGCAUUAUGGUCGCUAUUCGAGAAAGUGGUAAUUUGAAAGGGGAUGGCGGUGGCAGCAGCGACUGGCCGCACACUCAGUUCAUCUACAUUUGUGACUGGGAAGACUACUCGUACGCUCAACUUAUCAACUUGAAAGCUGUGCAAGCUCUUCUCAAGUUUGCUUCUCAGUACGAAGCUCACUAUCCAGAAAUCUUGUACAAGGUCUACUUCGUCAACUGUCCGGCAAUCAUGCCCCUCUUUUUGAAGCUCUUGAAACCACUCCUCGCACCAAAAACGUAUAGCAAAAUCCACAUCUAUGGGACGAAUCGGGAAGAGUGGGAACCCAUUUUGAGAGGCAUGAUGGAUCCAGACAAGCUGUGGACUCGGCUCGGAGGCAACAGGGUCGUCCCACGGACCAAGUUUUAAAUAAUUAUUAGACAAAAAUUAACAAAAUAAGGAAGGAAUAAAAAAGUGCUCAAUUUAUUUACACAGCUUA